GAGCCCCAGGUAUUGUUCUCCCCACUCUGAACCUGUGAGUUCAGAAUGCCCUUUCUCAAGAGGGGGAUCCAGGGAUUUCCUCUUUCCCCCAGGACCCCAGUUAUUGUUCCUCUCACUCUCCAGUCUGGGAGUCCAGAGUUCUGGAAGCGACUUUCCCAGAAGGGAUCCAGGAACCCAGGAGGAGACCCAGGCAUUUUUCCCCCACCCUCCAACCAAGGGUUCUGGAUAGAGGAGGACCCAAGCUUUCCACAAGAGGAGGAGUCCAGGAUGGAGACAGGGACAGAGCCAUGGAGUUGGGUACUGGAGACCUCUAGUGCCAUAUCCCAUGACUUCCAUCCAGAUCCUGCCCUGGAAGCAGCUGGCACUUCCACACCUGGGAUACGGCGCUCAGUCUUGGUCAGGAACCCAGGCCACAAAGGCCCGAGACCUGCUUUUGAAGAACUUGACUCAGACUCAGAAGACCUGGACCCCAAACAAGAAGACCCAGAGCCUAACCUGGAAGACCUCAACACUAUCUCUGAAGAUGUGGACCCCAGCUAUGAAGAUCUGGAGCCCAUCUCUGAUGAUCUGGACCCCAGUGCAGAAGCUCCAAGUUCCAUCUUAGGGACCUGUGCCGUGGAUCCCCAAGAUCUUGACCCCAUGUCUUCAAGUUUUGAUCUUGAUCCAGAUGUCAUUGGCCCUGUCCCCCUGGUCCUUGACCCUAACAGUGACACUCUCAGUCCCCCAGAAGCCCCAGACCUGGACCCCCUCUCAUCCAGCCUCACUGCCACCCCAGAAGGCCUGGCCACCAGCCAGGCGGUGCUCCCUGCACCUGCUAGUCCUCCCCGGCCCUUCUCCUGCCCUGAUUGCGGUCGAGCCUUCCGUCGCAGUUCGGGGCUCAGCCAGCACCGCCGCACCCACAGUGGCGAGAAGCCCUACCGCUGCCCUGACUGCGGCAAGUCGUUCAGCCAUGGUGCCACACUGGCCCAGCACCGGGGCAUCCACACAGGAGCACGGCCCUACCAGUGCGCUGCGUGCGGCAAGGCCUUCGGUUGGCGCUCCACGCUUCUGAAGCACCGCAGCAGCCAUAGCGGCGAGAAGCCCCACCACUGCCCCGUGUGUGGUAAGGCCUUUGGGCAUGGCUCACUGCUGGCUCAGCACCUGCGCACUCACGGGGGACCUCGGCCACACAAGUGCCCAGUGUGCACCAAAGGCUUCGGGCAGGGCUCGGCGCUGCUGAAGCACCUACGCACGCACACAGGCGAGCGGCCCUACCCGUGCCCUCAGUGUGGCAAGGCCUUCGGUCAGAGCUCAGCACUGCUACAGCACCAGCGCACGCACACGGCUGAGCGCCCCUACCGCUGUCCCCACUGCGGCAAGGCCUUUGGCCAGAGCUCCAACCUGCAGCAUCACCUGCGCAUCCAUACUGGCGAGAGGCCUUAUGCCUGUCCCCACUGCUCCAAGGCCUUUGGGCAGAGCUCCGCACUCCUGCAGCACCUGCACGUGCAUUCUGGAGAGCGCCCCUACCGCUGCCAGCUCUGUGGCAAGGCCUUCGGCCAAGCGUCCAGCCUCACCAAGCACAAGCGAGUGCAUGAAGGUGCAGCUGCUGCAGGUGCAGCUGCUGCAGGUGCAGCUGCUACAGCUGCAGCAGCUACAGCUACAGCUCCUGCAGCUGGCCUGGGCCUUAGCCCUGCUUCAAUGUUGCAGCCUGAGCAGGUCUUCUUGCAGAGUCCUGAUGCUGUCUCUAUGCUUAGCUCUGACCUGGGCCCCAGCUCUGGCCUGGACCCUGACCCUAGCACUGUGCUGGGCUCCCUCCCCAAUCCUAGCCCCAAACCUGGCCCUGACUCUGGAUCUACCCCCACUCUGGAUCCUGUCAAGUCCUCUGAUGCUAAGCCUGGUCACGAUGCCAAUCCUGAUCUUGUGGCCAGCCCUGACAAUGGAUCUGAUCACAGCUGGGACCCAGAUCCUGGGCCCAGCCUCAACCCCAACCCUGAGUCCCACCCUGACUCCAGCUUUCCCACCCAUGACAGCUCAGCCCUCACUACCUGUGGGAGUCCCAAGUGGGUGCAGGAGCAAGGGGCACUACUGGGGCCAGAUGGCUGAAGGGAAUGCCAGCACCCACGGAGGCCUGGUGAAGUUGUGUGUUGUACAGUUAGUAAAAUCCUCCCACUGCCUUCUGGCUCUGUUUCAUGGUUCUGUUUCUU